GUUAUUAUGAGAAUAUUAAUAUAUAGAAGAAAAGGUUGCUAGGCUGGAAACUACGUUUCCCAGGAGCCUCAGCCUGUGACCCGGAAGUUAUCGGUGGAAGAAACAGCUGAGAGAAGAGCUCUGCAGUGCUAUCGUCGUAUGAAAACUCCUCUAGGAUGUAUCAGACUAACCUAGAUGAGGAGGAGUUUAUCACUAUUCGUGUACAGGACCCCAGACUGCAGAACGAGGGAUCAUGGACCUCUUAUGUGGAUUAUAAAAUAUUCCUUCAUACAAACAGCAAAGCGUUCACUGCUAAGACAUCUUGUGUCAGGAGACGUUACCGGGAGUUUGCCUUUCUGAGAAAGCAGCUUCAGAAAUAUGCCGGAUUAGUGCCGGUACCAGCGUUACCAGGAAAACUUCCCUUUCACAUCGGCUGCACUGAUGAGUUCAUUGAGCAGAGGCGACAGGGACUUCAGCAGUUUUUGGAACAAGUUGUACAGAACAUGGUCCUCUUGUCAGACAGUCAGCUGCAUCUCUUCCUACAGAGUCAGCUCUCAGUGGGUGACAUUGAAGCCUGUGUGAAGGGACAUCGACCAUAUACUGCUACAGAAGCUAUCCUAAAUUAUGCCAUAUCCAACAGAGGAUGGACUCAAGAGGAAACACUCUCUAGCAUACUAGGAUAUCUCCAAUCCUCCAUUCAUCCUACACUGUUCCUGUUACUUCGGAUUUCCUUCGUGUGAAUCUACUCUUUAUUCCUUUAUGGUCAAGAUCUGUUUAAUUUCAAGUUACUUCAUCGUGAGUCAUCAUCAAGAAAGAGGCAGAAUCUACAGCAACAGCACCUUAUAUACACUAGGGAGAUCUCUGAUUGGCUACCUGGACUACCUAAUUUACAUAUCCGAUACCUGUCUUGAAAAAAUUCUUUUCACUAGUUGUAAUAGUUAUUCUUGCUGCUAAUGGGAGUAGUAA